AUGGCUCCAGCCUCACAGAUUCACACUGCAGACGCACAACCCCCACAUUCCACUCAGCAUGCAAAAUCUCGAGAAUCAAUCAGCAGCAGUGACGGCAGCAAUGAAGACAGCAGCGGCUCGGAUACUGACCAAGACCAUAAAGAAGAGGUGGUUAUCAAAAAGCGCAAGAAGGCUUUGAAGGUUACGUUUCGUAAAAGGGCCUCUCGCAAAAAAUUAAAGUCUUCCGCGGUACUCGAGCCCUUUAUGCACCAUUCGGCAUGGCACAUUCGCAAUGGUGCUAUCUACACCAACUGGGAACACGUUAUUCUCACCGGCUUGAAGGCCGAGCAGGGGAAAUUUGGCUCUCUUACACAGCAGGAGUUUGCGGAGAAGCACAAAAAAGCACUUUCGGCUUACGACGAUCUGCGAGCGGCUAUUCCCACCUUUGACGAUGAUAUAAAGGUCAUCGCAAGGGACCCCGCUUACCUAGACAGACUGUGCAAAACGAUGGUUACUGCCGCCGGAACCGCUCGUUCUAACGACAUCUCAAGCCUCAAGAAGGAUGCACUUACCUAUGCAGCACUGUGCCUGCCUGAUGGUCGCCUGGAUCCUCCCAUUAACCCAAACGACUCCAAGAAGACGACCCGAGGCUUCAAGCACCCGCAACUUGGUGCGCUUUUAGUUCCCGCCGCCUGCUUUGAACAGUAUCAAAAUGAUCCCGAGUAUCGUCGCAAUCUCUCUCUCAACAAGGUUGUUAUCAAGGCAAAGGCAAUGCCACACCUGGUGUAUCCGUAUGGUAAGUACGACCCCGAGCAUGUAUUGGAAGGGAUGUUCAUGGCUCCGGCCUUGGUCGCGGUUUUUCAACAUAUAUUUAUGUCGCCAUCCUCGGCGCUGAAGACACCUGGCAUUACACGGACCGGACAUGGGAAGGCUCGCAAGCAUCACAUGAAGUCAGUUACGAUACCGAGCAUUGCAUAUGCAUGCACACAUUAUCGGUACGCUAUUUCGGGAUGUAUGGACUGGCGUCAGAACGAUAGGCAUUUCAACUACGAAGAGUUCUACAUGGAGGUUGUAAAAAUGCUGGAGUGGGCUCGAGAAAAUGAUCCCGAGUGGUGGAAAGACUUUGUUACAUGGUGGAACGCGCAAGUUUUCCCUGUCGAAGACGACUCCGUUACCGAGAGCAGUUCAUCUGACGAAGAGAUGACUACGUCUACCUUCAAGAAAAUGAAGGCACAGGUGAAGGCCAGCCGUGCAGCGAGGGAUAUUCCUGCCAACUCUGCACCACCACCACCACCACCAUCUCAAUAUCAGCGCGAGAUGUUGUCGCCAUCGCCGCCCUUGUCGUUAAGGCCUGUUCAGUCUCCGGCACCGGGUUCAUCUAUUCCACCAAGUGUAGGUAUUCCUGGCCGGCAGCACCAUGCUCAAUACCUUGCCGGCCCAGUGGACGCCAACAUUGACCCCCGUUUACAGAUCCCAGGUCCUCAUGUUGCUAGCAACCACCCACCUCUCGGUGGACCUUCUCGAUAUCCUGCAGGUGUUCCUCUGUUUUACAACUCAUCGCACCCUAUUGCUAGUGCCUCCACUCCGGCUCCGGCUCUGUCUCGUGGUCAUCCAACCCCGCGCGCACUCUCUUCCAGUGUCUACACUCAACAGUUCAAUAAUUCUCCGGAAUGGCAGCUGGAGAAUACCUACGACGAGUCAUACUUUGCCGACCACACAAGGAAGAAGAACCAUAUUGGUCAUCGUCAUCCCAGUGUAGGUCCCCAGAUGAAUCCGGUCUUCCCUGACAUAACAAACUGGUAA